AUGCUCAUCAAGGCCAGCCCUAAGACAUUCGGCUGGCCCCGAGGCUGGCUAGACCUCGAGACUUGGCCCGGUGGUGCCAGCCAGAGGCGCGCCCCCCUGACGAGGUGGCUCGUUCCAGUCCGCAUCCUUCUCCCACGCGUGAUAGACAUCACCAAGCCAAUGGAAUUUGGAUCGGGCCGUUCGACUGUCAUCAAGCCCCGACAGAGCACCCCCACAUGGCGCCCUGCAUGGUUCCUUGCAGAUAUCUCGUCGGGAAUCGCGCAUGUGCAGCAGCCUGGAACGUGGCCCGACGGCCCUGGUGCAACUCUUUUAUUGAUCCUUCCGUGCGGUGACGCCCGUCAGCACUCGAUCUCCACAUCCGGUGCCCUGUGA